AUUGAAUGGGUUACUAACCGACUUGCAGAAAAACGCAAGGCCGCCAAGGCUGCUUCCGCCCAGUGUGAGAAAGAUAACACUCGCGAGACGCUCCAGCGCAUAUGGGAAGAGCACGUGUUGCCGGACUGGGACCGUGCUGUGACGGAGCCUCGCAUUCGCGCGCUGUGGUGGCGGGGGAUUACCCCGCGCUGUCGAGGCGCAGUGUGGCAGCGCGCCAUCGGUAACGAGCUCUCACUCACGGAGGAGUCGUAUCAGAAGGCUCUUCAGAGGGCCAAAGAUGUCCGGGCCCGGGUUGAUCAGGAGGCCGGGGAGAGCAACAAGCGGAUGCGGGAGUGGUUUGCGGCCAUCUCGCGCGACGUGUCUUCGGCGUUUCCCGACCUUCAUCUCUUCCAAGAGGGCGGCCCCUUGCGGGAGACGUUGAUCGAUGUAUUGGAGGCUUAUUCCAUGUACCGCAGUGACGUGGGCUAUCUCUACGGUCUACAUGUGAGUUGA